AUGUCGUCUGAAGUUGCUUCCUCGCAGCCCGCUGCCACAAACGCGCCCGCCGCUCAGUCUGCCUCUGCUGAGGCGGCUGCCCCCGCCCCCGCUGCUGCCGAGGAGACGAGCAGCAAGGAGCAGACGGAGAAGCCCGCGACUGAGGGUGAGACCAAGCCCGAGGGCGCUGCUGAGGAGAAGAAGGAGUCGAAGCCCAGCAGCCAGCAGGCCAACACCUCGCUGUACGUCGGUGAGCUGGACCAGAAUGUGAACGAGGCGGUUCUCUUCGAGAUGUUCAACAUGAUCGGCCCCGUGAGCAGCAUCCGUGUGUGCCGUGAUGCGGUCACCCGUCGCUCGCUCGGCUACGCCUACGUCAACUUCCUCAACGCUGCCGACAGCGAGCGUGCGCUGGAGCAGCUCAACUACACCCCCAUCCGUGGCCGCCCCUGCCGCAUCAUGUGGUCGCAGCGUGACCCCGGCCUGCGCCGUGCCGGCCAGGGCAACAUCUUUAUCAAGAACCUGGACGAGGCGAUUGACAACAAGGCGCUGCACGACACCUUUGCCGCCUUUGGCCGCAUUCUCUCGUGCAAGGUCGCUGCGAACGAGAACGGCUCGCUCGGCUACGGUUUCGUGCACUACGAGACGAACGAGGCUGCGGACGCUGCGAUCAAGCACGUCAACGGCAUGCUUCUGAACGACAAGAAGGUGUACGUCGCCCACCACAUCUCCAAGAAGGACCGCCAGGCGAAGAUCGAGGAGGCGCGCGCGCAGUUCACCAACGUCUACGUGAAGAACAUUGAGCUCUCGGUCACCCAGGAGGAGUUUGAGAGGCUCUUUGACAACUACGGCGAGAUCACCUCGGCCGUGCUCGCCACCGACGAGGAGGGCAAGAGCCGCGGCUUUGGCUUUGUCAACUUUGCCGAGCACGAGCAGGCCGCCAAGGCUGUGGACGACCUCAACGACACCGAGUUCCACGGCCAGAAGCUCUUUUUGGGCCGCGCCCAAAAGAAGGCCGAGCGUGAGGAGGAGCUCCGCCGUGCGUACGAGGCCGCCAAGAACGAGAAGCUCGCCAAGUACCAGGGCGUGAACCUCUACAUCAAGAACCUUCCCGAGGAGUUUGACGACGAGCGCCUCCAGGAGGAGUUUGCGCCGUUCGGCACCACCACUUCUGCCAAGGUCAUGCGCACUGCCACCGGCGCCUCGCGUGGCUUCGGCUUUGUCUGCUACUCGGCGCCGGAGGAGGCCAACAAGGCCGUCGCCGAGAUGAACGGCAAGAUGCUCGACAACCGCCCGCUCUACGUGGCGCUUGCCCAGCGCAAGGACGUCCGCCACCAGCAGCUCGCUGCGCAGAUGAUGCAGCACAACCAGCUGCGCAUGCAGCAGCAGCAGGCUGCUGCCGCUGCCGCGGCUGCGCAGAUGUACCCCGGCGGCCCGGGCAUGUACUACCCCCAGCCCCCGGCCGGUGGCGUUCCGGGCCAGUUCCCGGCGGUGCGUCCCCAGUACGCCCCGGGCAUGAUUCCCCAGGGCAUGCCCCAGGGCAUGCCCCCGAACGGCCCCUACCCCCCCGGCCAGUUCCCCAACGGGCUACCGCCCCCCCGCCCCCAGCGCGGCUCGGGCCCCAACGCGCCUGCGGGUGGCGCCCCGGCGGCGAGCGCUGCCGCGAUCGCCGGCCGUGCGCCCGCGCAGCGUGGCGCUGGCGCGGGUGGUGCUGCGCAGCGUAACGCUGCUGCGGCUGCCGCGCCUGCGCAGCCCGAGGUGCUCACCGCUGCUGCGCUUGCCAACGCGUCGCCCGAGGAGCAGAAGCAGAUGCUCGGUGAGGCCAUCUACCCCAAGAUCGCCGCGUCGCAGCCCCAGCUGGCUGGUAAGCUUACGGGUAUGAUCCUCGAGCUGCCCGUCGGCGAGCUGCUCCACCUCCUCGAGGACGACGAGGCGCUGACCGGCAAGGUGGACGAGGCUCUGAACGUCUUGCGCGAGUACGAGAACCGCGAGGGCGGCGAGGCCGAGGCCAGUGCCUAA